AUGAACUACUCUAGAGUAAGGUAAUAUAGGCUAGACUAGAGAUACUGUUGGGCAAGGUAGUUUUAAAAAAUUUUUUAAAGUUUUUUUACUUCAGGGCUACGUUUAGCCUUUUUAAGGCUUGUAACUCUUUUAAAACAUCCAUUAUGUUAUCGUAGCGAACGGUCCCUUUUUAAACUGAAAAUCUAUUCUUCAACUCUCACUUAUAACAAUAUGUUUAUUCAGGGUUAACCGUUCAACCUUAAGGCUUUUGGCCUUCAAGUCGUUGUUCUGUCGGCAGGUCGAUCAACUUUUAGAAGUUGUAGAAGAUUCAGAAGUUGGAGAACGUUCUGAAUUUGGAAAACAUUCAGAAGUUAGAGAAGUCACCGUUGUUGGCAAUGCAAGAAGGUAUCAUUCAGAUCAAGGUGGGGGAGGAAGGUCACUCACAGCGACAUGCACAACACAACGAAAGCGACAAAGGUAACAUUACUUUAAAAAUUUUAAAGUUUACAGUAAAAAUUUAGACUUGUAAUGUAAGUUAUGGCCUAGAAAAAAAGUUUUUUUAAAUAUUUUUUGAUUUUAAAAUUGUAUUUUAGGUUUAAAAAUUAUAAUAUUAUGAUAUUUAGACUAAAAUUCUUUAUUUUAAUUCAAAUUAUAGGUUCGACAUAAAGAACCCGCCAUUUUUUACAGGAAAUUACAGGAAACGUAUGGCGGGUUCUUUAUGUCGGCACUUGAUAAAAUAGUACUUCUGUACUAUUAGGUGGUUCACUUAAUUCUGCACUUUUUCUCAAAGCAAAUUUGUAUGGUAAAGGGGCGCAGAAUUAUGUGAAUAACCCAAUAUAAUAUGAUAGUCCAAGCUAAAAAUUAGAAGAAACACUGUAAGCAUGAAAAGAAGUUGUUGUCCAUCAAUUUAGACGUUAUUUAUCACUAAGAGCAGCUGAUUUUUUAGUCUAGGAAUUUGAGGACUUGUUUGUCUGGCCCAAUGGCUACUUUUUACUUUUUCAAACGUCUUACUAGCUUUAUUAUUAGGUGUUCAAAUAAUUCAGUGCUUCUUCUCAAGCCAAUUUUUUUGGUUUAUGGGGCACAAAAUUAUGUGAACAACAUAAUACUUUUAACUUGUCUUUAACUUUGCUUGAAACCCACCCCCCCCUUUCCCAAUAUAAACCUUUCUAGCCUCUCCCCCCCACCCCAAACGUUAUCCUUUUCAAAACCCAAGCUUUUAGAAGACCAAGCCUCGUGCAAACUCGACGCUCUCUCAGUUCAAUCAAUGACAGAUUCAGAAUGUUCACCAUCUGACAUCUCAAAGACCUCAUCCUCAGUCUACUCGACUGAUUGGCCGCAGAAGGACUCGAUCAUCUCUACUACAAUAUCGUCAACAUCAUCACACGUGAACAAGAAACCAGAUGGCAAAAUGAAGAUCAAGACCUUGUGUUUACUGGGCGCUUUGUUACCUGGCAUCGGGUGCUACUUUUGCGUCGCCUACACUUAUUUAUUCCAGUUCGACAGGGUUUUGAACUUCACUUCCACUAAUUGUCCUGAGGUUAUGAGGUAAUAUUUUUUUAUUUUAAAAUUGAAAUAAAAUUUUUAAAUCUUUUAACAUGCCCUGCCUUACUUUGCCUUACUCUUUUAUAUCUGUCUUAUAAAAAUCUACCUCUCUUAAAAAUGUAAAAAGGCUAAUCCAUGCCUUGAUUUAUUACUAUUUUUUAAACAUUUGCUUUGGCUUGGCAAGGCCCAGAUGAUCAUUUUUUUACUUGCCUGCCCUCCCCCCCCUACUUAGACUUGUAAUGGGGCUAGGCUGGACUUUGGUUUAGCCUUUAGGAUCACGUGUGCCAACCUUACUCCUUUCAAGUUUGCUUUAGCUUACAACAAUAUGUCAGACCGGGUCUAGUGGGCUCUUUUUCAGUUCUAACUUUACUCCUUUUUUCAUUCACAAAAUUAAGAUUACAAUUUUUUAGUUCCUUCCCUCCAAUCAGCUACUCAAUUGGAGUAUGGAAGCCUCAGAAGUACGUUUGGCUUAUUGUAAUGGCGCUGCAUAUGCCUCCACGGUUCUUAUAUGGCUUGGUAAGGGUUUUUUGAAGCUAGUUUUUUUAAAUACGUAUAUUUUUUCAAUUUUUGUUACUGAAAUAAUAUGGCUUUCACAAAAACGUAAAUUUUUAAAAAGUCCGCUGUCUUAAAUCUUUGUUUAAGCCUGUAUUUAAAAUUAAUUCCAUUUCAGGCCUACAAAAACCAAUACACAUAUGGUCAAUCGACCCACAAACAGUUAUGGUGGUUUGACUGGCUGGUGAAACUUCACCUACGACUGUUCUUCCUAGAAUCCGUGGGAUUGAUAUUAGUAUCAGUAAUCGACAUUGAGAGCUCAUUCAUUAUCCACGCUGCUUCGUAUGCUUUGUGGAUUAUAUGUUUGAAUUUCAAUAUGUUGUUCAACACCAUACUACAACAUUACUCUGGAAUCAAAGAUUUAACUGAAAAUGUAAGGUUUGAGCGAUUAGUAGCUAUACUUGAAUAAGGGAUUACUAGGCCCGACGUCGGCAUAGAAAAGUAAUCGACAGUUCGAAUCGAAGUCAGACUCAGCUGGGCCACAGAAAAUUCGAAAGGGGCUGGGCCGGCACAUCUGAAGCCUAGGGUCAGGACGGAAACCAAAGUCCUAGGGGCACAGAUUACUUUCCACAUCAAAAGGUUUUGCAAACAAAAAGUUUGAAACCAAUCUGAUUUAUAAAGCCACGCCGGGCCGGGCUGAAGCAACUUUGAAAAGGGCCUGGUCGAAAAACAUACAUAUAAUAAUAAUAUAUAAAUGUACUUCAGCACAAAACCACAUUCUACAUCAAAUGUGUUCUGUUUGCGUUUGCUUAUCCUCUGUCAGUGUCAACGGGCAUUUCGUACAUGACAUAUCUGGCUUAUUGUAACGGGUUUGGUAAGUUGUUUUAAAUAUUAAUUAAAGUACUAAAGUACUAAAUGCACUAAAAUGCACAAAGUACUAAAAUGCAAUUGAGUAUUGAGUUGGGCUUGUCUUUGGGUAUUGUCGGUUACAAAGUUUUGUCAGGAGCGGUUCUUUUUAAUGUUUAAGUACGAUAUGGUUAAAAAACUUUAUUUUGUUUAUUGGGUACCUCUAUAAAUUGCAACAAAAGUGCCCUAACCAGUGUUUUGCCGGACCGGACGGACCGAAACAGAAAUUUUUGCGGACCGGACCGGACCCAAAUACCUGCGGAUCCGGACCGAAGAAAAAGCUCCUGACCGGUCCGGAAGAAAAUUUUUUUUCUAUUUUAAAAAAACUGUUUUAAAAAUUGCAAAUAAAACAUAUUUUUAGGAGUUUUUAAGCAAAAAGAAAGCAGUUUUAGCGAUCCUUGCUUUUUUUAAAAAUUAAAAAAAAUUUUUUUGCGGACCGGACCGGACCCAAAAAAUCGCCGGACCGGACCGGUCCGGGCAAAACACUGGCCCUAACUGCCCCGCUCUAACUGACUUCAAACUUUUUACAUAAGAAGAUCAUGUAAAUAUAAGGCCUUCUAAUAAGUACUAAAACGUGCUUUCCAGGAAAUCUCGAAAAAGUUAAUUUCAAAAUAUUACGUUUUCAAUUUCUCGCAAAUUGGCAUUGUGUUUUAAGCUUAUAACUUUGUCAUUUUUUCACUUUUAAUUAUUUUUCUUUAAUAUAAUAGUAGAAAACCUUUAAAUGAUAUAUUUAUAAAUUUUUAAGGGUAGUUUGUCUGCAAAGUCAAAAAAAAGUGUUUAAAUCACGAAGCCAAAUUUGCGAAAAUUGACGGGUAAUUCAAAUAUUUAAACUUUAAAACUCAAAGUGCAAGCUAAAAUUGUUUAUGGGUGCUAUUGGUGGUACAAAUAAUUCAUAUAAAAAAUUUGAGCUAACUCUCAGCGAGGCAGGUACUUCUCUUGUAAAUUAUUAUUCUUUUUAAGAUUUUAAAGACUAAAACCUGACAAAAAACUUUGAUUUUACACAAAAUAUGUGGUUAAAAUAUGAUUACAUAUCAUCUUGUACUACAUUAUCGAAACUAAGACCUCAUAUUGAUAAACAAUUGCAGCAUACGCCGCCUUCUCCGUCGCCGAGUACAUAAUCGUCGGCAUCAACUCGGCCUUCUACUUCACCUUGAUCUGGGAGUUGAAGGGAUCGUGCAUGGAGAUUCAUGUACGACACGAUUCGCCCGCCUUCCGCGCUGACGUCUAA